AAACAAUCUCGCAGUCGUAAACCGGCUCUCAUCUAGGAACAGUCGAGCGUGGUCACUGCUCUGUCAUUUCUGUUUUGUUGUCAUCGAACAAGUUGUCAGCAAACACGGCACUCGAUCGCAGUGAUAGCAAACAGGGUAGGUACAUAUCAAAAGCGUUAUUUGUGUGGAUCUUAAUUGGAUUGAGGAAACAAAUCAUCAUGUCGACCGUGGUGGUACAACAACUGGAUAGCAUUGUUGGCUUACAACAGCUCAUCGAAUCGCGAUGGAUAAAACUGCAUGAUGGCAAUCAGGAAGGGGUAUUUCGAUAUCAGCUGGAAAUUGAACGGGAGAGAGUCACAGACGGGAGAUGCCGGUUUCUACUGCAGUUGAAUCGCAAGCGAACAACGGAGCGCAGGAAGCCCGAUGGAAUCUCUUGUGUAAUUCCGGUAUUCGAUCCCAGUGGAUUCAACUUCAACAAAGUCGAUUCCAAAGAAGUUCUGAUGGAGGUUCAAUCCGGAGAUUGUUUGAUCACACUAAUGGUGAAUAACAGUCCCCUAACGAAGUAUCACACGCUUGUUGUGCCAGAUCGGGGGCGCAAUUUGGCACAAAUUUUAACGAAAGAUACAUUGGAAGGAGUCUUCCAAGUUUUUAUGAUGCUGGAGGACCGCCAUUACCGGAUGGGCUUCAACAGUCCAGGAGCAUUAGCUUCAGUGAAUCAUCUUCAUUACCACUUGAUGCACAUAACUCACAAAUUGUACAUAGAAGACGCCCCCCUCAAACAUUUGGGGAAUCAUCUUUAUCUUCUGGAGAAUCCUGCGAGAGCGUACUGUUUUCUUUACAAACCCACCGAGCCUGCAGUCAACUUCACAAAUCAAAUCUUCCACCUGAUUAGCGUUCUUCUAUCGCAAAACAUCGCCCAUAAUCUUUUCUUCACAUGGAACGGUUCGAGGGAUAUCGUUCGAGCGAUGAUCUACACCCGUCUGAAGCCAUGCGAGAACAAACACGUGUCGCCCUUCAAUGUAGCCUUCGGUGAAAUGAGCGGCUUCGUUCCGCUGGGUGAUGUGACGCACUUUGAGCAGCUAGAUGAGGCUCGACUGGAAAAGCUCUUCCGUGAGGCGCAAGGUACAGAAGAUGAAGAAGGAUACCGAUUGCUGGAUCAAACCGUAUUAAGUUAUUUAUACAGUAUGAACGACGAAUAAUGCAAUUAUUAAUUGUUUGCUACAGUUAGAUUGCUGUAUUAGUGACACAGAUAAACGGAUUUAGCACAUGGAACGAUUACUAUUGUUUCAAAUAGACUAGGUUUAGUUUAGACUGGCGUCAAUUGUUGACAAAGCUGUGAAUAAAAUCUUCAGAUGGUGGAAAAAUAUCUGUGCAAUGUGAUUUUCAGUCCAAAUAUCCUAGAUCCUACAUCUGUUUCUCUUUAAUAGCUUUCUUAGUCUCGCCAAGGUAAAUUAUAUUCCACCGAA